AUCAUUCCAAACAUUAAUCACAUUUAUUUUUCUUCGGUGGAAGGAUUAAAUAGAUAUUGAAAUUUUACUAUAUUUAUAAUAAUCAAUGGGAAGUGUCUAGUCCUGUUAAUGGAAGGAAAAAAAAAGUGACAAUUUGAAGAAAUACUUUUGCUUUAUUUAAUUCUUCAACAAAUGAUUAUGAGACAAAUGUUGAAUAACUCCAAAAAAGUUUUGAGGAAGUUUGCCCAGUUCCAAAUCAUCAACUCCUUCAGGUCAGGCUCCAACGUAUCCAAGAACAAAAAUCCAGAACGGAAGAACUUAGAGACUUCAAGUUCAAUGAUAAGACUACAUGCAACUUAUCUCAUCCCAUCUUUACUUGGCAUUUGGCAACAUCAUGAUUGCUUUAAGACAGUUCCAUGUAAUUAUCAUGUGCUUUCCCACGCGGCCUGUCUCUGACGUGGCCCACUCCUGAUGGUCUUUUCGGUGUGGUUGGCCUGGCCUGGCCUGGCUUCCACACCCAAUCAAGAAAUCUCCUUUCCUGACUGCAGCUUAUGUCAUCCUCCUCCGCCUAACAACACAAAACUGCAUCAAAUUUUCCCAAAACAAAAUGUGUCAAAUCACACCACUUGCAAGUUGCAACAAUCCCCCACUUUUUCUCAUCCUUUCCAUGCAAUUCCUAGUUCAUUGAUUAUAUCAAAAAUCAUCUGAAAUCAAAGCAAAAGCACAGAAUGAUAGUAAAAUCAUUGAUUGUUACCUUGUACACCGCUCAGGCAAACUGGAUUUCCAUGAACUAAUUUUAAAUUGGCCAAUGGUCUAUCCAUUUAUCAACUAUAUUGUUUUCAAUUAGUACUACAUGUACAUGUACAUUAGUGAAGACUUAUAUUAAAUAAAUCAAAUCAGCAAUCAUCUGGAACAUUAGCCAUGGGCAAAAUUUGGGUGUGUCACUCCACCACUGAGAACAAUUUUCAUUGGGAAAUAAAAAAAGCGACUGAAAGAUGGCCGAAAAUAACCCAAAAGCACCAAGGGCCAAGGACACAUGGGAGUUAACGUGUAGAAACGUUGUUGGGCCACGUGAAAAGCUGCUAAUGGGACCUGAAAAGAGGAGUUGGCCGUUUCUUGGCUUGGACACUCCCAACAAAAUAGCAACCAGUGGCAUUUGUUGCGGUCCUCCUAUUUUUUGUAAGAGGAAACAAAGAAGGAAAACUUGGUCUCUCUACUCUGCAGACUUCGGUUGUUGAGUCUUUUUUGUUUCUCUCUCUCUCUCUCUCUCUCUCUCUCUCUCUUUAUUGGUGUUGCUUUUCUUUCCUCUUUGCAAGGGAAAGAAACUAAAAAAAUUGUCCAGAAAGUGAGAUACACCAUUAGUAUUGUCAGGUUAUGAUUUGUUUUCCUUUUUUACAAAGAAAAGGAGCUUGAGUUUUAUCAAGUCUUAAACAGGUGGAGAGAGGAAGACAGAAAAGACUUGCUUUUUAUUUCCAUUUGAGUCAGACCUUUUAACGUAUCUUAUUUGUGUUCUUUGUGCGUUUCUUUUUUUUGUAUCUCAAACUUAGAUAGGCUUCAGGAUCAUAUUAACUUAAGAUCUUUUAAAGCUUUUUCUCAAGUAAGAGAGGGUAACAAUCUGUUUCUAGUUUGAGCAAGGAAGGAGGAAGAAGAUUCAAAGCCGUGCAAGAUAAAAAGACUACAGGUGUCCUGUUCAUGCUGCUUGUGUUUGUAUAAAAGAAGGAAACAGAAAAGAGUUUUGGGGGUUUGGUUUUGAACAAGAAACCUUCAUAUUUCUGUUGUCAAUGAGAUUUGGAGAACAAUGGAUUUCUGGCCAGAGUUUCUUGCAAGUAGCUGCGGAAGAGAAUUUGUGGCUGGAGGGUUUGGUGGCAUUGCUGGUAUCAUCUCUGGUUAUCCACUUGACACCCUCAGAAUCCGGCAACAAAGCUCAAAUUCAGGUUCUGCCCUUGGCAUCCUACGCCGGAUUGUCGCCACUGAAGGACCUGGUGCACUCUAUCGAGGCAUGGGUGCACCAUUGGCAUCAGUCACCUUUCAGAAUGCUAUGGUUUUCCAGAUAUACGCUAUUCUUUCACGAGCGUUUGAUUCAUCUGCUUCUACCACUGACCCCCCUUCCUACAAAGGUGUUGCUCUGGGAGGAGUUGGAACUGGGGCCCUACAGAGCAUUAUGCUCUCUCCUGUAGAACUUGUAAAAAUCCGGCUGCAAUUGCAGAAAUCGGCAAGUUCUCAUACAGGGCCAAUUACUGUUGCUAAAAGCAUACUGAAAACAGAAGGCUUAAGGGGACUAUACCGGGGUUUUACCAUCACUGCCCUUAGAGAUGCACCUUGUCAUGGCUUCUACUUUUGGACGUACGAGUAUAUGCGAGAACAGCUUCAUCCAGGGUGCAGAAAGAGUAGCCAAGAACGCCUGACAACAAUGCUGAUAGCAGGAGGUUUGGCAGGGGUUGCUAGCUGGGUUUGCUGCUAUCCCUUGGAUGUGGUAAAGACCAGACUGCAGGCUCAGUCGCCAUCCUCCCCACAAAAGUACAAUGGCAUCAUUGAUUGCCUCCACAAAAGUGUAAAACAGGAUGGAUAUGGCGUUCUAUGGCGAGGGCUAGGAACUGCUGUAGCUAGAGCUUUUGUAGUCAAUGGGGCUAUAUUUUCUGCUUACGAGAAUGCAUUGAGGUGUUUAGUCAACAACGGAAACGUUCAGACAGACCACAAGCUAGAAUAAACUAGACUUUACUUCAAGAGUUAAGUGUCAAUAACAAUUUAUUUAUAGCUUAGAUGAUCCAUGUAUCAUAUAUGCCAUGAUUUUCAAGGAUGUUUCCAAAAAGAGAAACAAUCGGAAAAAAAAAUCACGGUAAACUGUCUUCCCUGUCAGCAACUGAAAGGACUUCAUUGCAACUUCAGGCUCCAGACUAGCAUUGAUCUGAUCAAGCUUAAGACAUUGUGUCACGAGUCAGGACCCUUGUUUAAUGCAUUAUAUAUAUAAACACAUUCAAUUCGAUUUC